AUGCGUCGAAAAACCUUCCUAACUUUUAAACUAGACCGAUUUAUAAGAUCGCUAUCGUCAGUCGAAAAAAGCCAAUUUUUUGCAACUUUUGUGAAAACUGCAAGAAAUUCACUUUUAGACGCCUGUGAUGUAAAAAUAGCACCAACUCAUCAAACUGUUGCGAUUGUGGGGGAAGAUGUAGAUGUGCUGGUGAUAAUGAUGGGUCUCAACACUUCUCCAAACGUCUAUCUGCUGAAGCCAGGGAAAGGGAAAGCACCUCAGUUGCUGUACCAACCACAGUCUGCAAUGAAACAAAAUCUUGCCAAGCACAUGAUGUUUCCGCACGCGAUGAGUAGAUGCGACUCGACCAAGGCAAGACUAAAUUCUUGA